CACUUUAUAUAUCCAAGAGAUGAAACCAGACCGGACAGGACUGUACUGCUGUUUCUAUCAGAGUGGAGAACACAAGUCACAGCUCAGUGACCCCCUGCGUUUAGUGAUGACAGGAUCUUAUGACAAGCCCUCACUCUCCAGCAUGAGUGGCACAGUGGUGGCUUCAGGACACAAUGUGAGGUUACAGUGUUUCUCCAGAAUCAAGUUUGAAGCAUUUAUUCUCAUCAGAGAAGAUGCACCUCAGUUCACCCAGAGAAAAAGCUCCACAGCCCAGGACAAUGGACAGCAGACCACCUUCCAUCUGGACCAUGUCACAUCCAUAGAGGCAGGGACAUACAGAUGCUACGGUGCCCUCAGCGAAGACCCCAAUGUGUGGUCUCACCCCAGCGAGCCACUGCAGCUUGAGGUCAGAGGAUAUUUCCCCCCACCUGUUAUCACAGCUCAGCCUGGAUCCAUAGUUCUAAAUAAUAAACCAGUGACCAUCUGGUGUCAAGGGCCUGCAGACGCUGAAGCCUAUGAAAUAUAUAAGGAGGGAGACCCUGAGCCUCGGGACGGAAAGAAAUUACUGGAGGCUGGGAAGACCAGAACUUUAUAUAUCCAAGAGAUGAAACCAUACCGGACAGGAUGGUACCGCUGUUCCUACAAGAGAGGAGGACAGUGGUCCCCACUCAGUGAACCCCUGCUUCUAGUGAUGACAGGAUUUUAUGACAAACCCUCACUCUCGAGCUUGAGUGGCACCGUGGUGGCUUCAGGACACAAUGUGAAGUUACAGUGUUUCUCCAGAAUCAAGCUUGAUGAAUUUAUUCUCACCAAAGAAUAUGUACCUCAGUUCACCCGGAGACAAAGCUCCACAGCCCAGGACAAUGGACGGCAGACCACCUUCCACCUGGGCCGUGUCACCUCCACACAGGCAGGGACCUACAGGUGCUACGGUGCCUUCAGCAAUUACUCCUACCUAUGGUCUCACCCCAGUGACCCACUGCAGCUUGAGGUCAGAGAACCUCCUUUGGACCCCACACCCACGGAGCCCGAACAUCCACAAGCCAUGGAUCACAACCAGACCCAGGACCACCAGAGUAUUCUGAUCGGCUUCCCAGUGGCCAUCGUCCUCCUGCUCCUCCUCUCCCUCCUCCUUUUCUUCAUCCUCCACCACCGCCAUCGCAAAGCCAAAAAAAAUGCCACCGAGACAAAGAGGCAGCAACAACAGGCAGCGGGACCCAUGGACAGACUGGCCUCUGAAGCUAGAGACCCACAGGACGUCACCUAUAUCCAAGUGGCCUUUAAUGCCCCCACCCCUGGGACAGCUUCAGCCCCCUCCUUGCUGCCCGGGCCGACCCAGGCCAGCGAGUAUGCCACAGUCGCCCGGCGAUGAGCCAUGCUCCCGGACACUAGGACUCAGAGCUGCUGGUUGGAAGGUUUCUCCUCUGGCGUUGUUGCUUCUAAAUCUGAGGCUGUCAGCCGGACUGAGGGAACCCAUCCGCGUUACCAGAAAAAAAGAAGGCCCUGGCGCCCCUGAAUCUGGAGAUGAUCACCCAGUCAGUUCCAGAACCUCCACUUGUAAUUGCCCAGCAAUGCCUGGGACCCUCCCGGGUGAUUGGGGCGAUGGCAGAGUACUGUGUGUAUGUUCUCAUGGAUUUAAAAAAUAUAUACUUACAUCGUCUUGGGUGCCAGGUUUUCUAUUACAGCCUAGAGAUGCACAGAAAAGAUCCCAAAACCAUUCCUCUUGUCAAAAUGUGUGGUCUAGCCCUGGCGGGGAGGCUCAGGGGUGGGAAUGUAUACCAAAAGGUCGCAGGUUCGAUUCCCAUUCAGGGCACAUACCUAGGUCGUGGGGUCAAUCCCCGGUCGGGAUGAGUACAGGAGACAACAGAUCAAUGUU